AUGCCGUCCUUUGGUGGACCACCCCCACCUCCUCCCAUGCCCAGCUCUUCUGGACCUGCUCCUCCCGCUCUGCCUCCUGCAGGAGGCGAUAACCGUGACUCGCUUCUCGCAGCUAUUCGCGGUUCAGGCGGCAAAGCUGGGGGUGGCCUACGCAAGGUCAAGGACAGCGAAAAACGGGACCGUAGUGCGGCAAUGGUACCAGGAGGAGAAAGUAGUGCUCCCCCGCCUCCGGGAGCGUCAGGAUCUCCCUCAACGCCAGCGGGAGACCAAGGGGGUGGUCUGGCUGGAGCAUUAGCCGCAGCAUUGAGCCAGAGAAAGAAGAAAGUUAGUGGCAGCGAUGACGAGAAGGAUGAGGAUGACGAUUGGUGA